GAAAUUUAGUAUCCAAUUCCUUCUCUCUUUCAUGGCUUCUAGGAGGAAUUUAAAGAGAAAAUCAUUUGAAGAUGAAGAUCUUGUUUUUCCACUGGAUGAACUUAAUCAAGAUCUUCUUGAAAGGGUUCUUUCAUGGCUUCCAACUUCAACUUUUCUAAGAUUAAGUUCAGUCAGCAAGAGGUGGAAAUCUGCUGCUAAUUCCCCUGUUUUCCACCAUGCCUGCUCUGAAAUUCCAUCAAGAGAACCUUGGUUCUACAUGGUUGAUUCUUCACAAUCAGUCGAAUUCAAGAAUCAACAACACUUUGUUUAUGAUUCUGCUGAAAUGAACUGGAAAUUUCUCACCUACCCAUCCAAUUUUCUUGAAGAAAAUCAGCUUAAUCAGUCGAAUUUCCUACCUGUUGCUUCUUCUGGUGGACUCCUCUGUUUUCAUAACGGCGAAAAUGGUGAAUUCCUCAUUUGUAACCCUGUUACUUCCUCGUAUCGCAAGCUUCCUUUAUUGGAUUAUUCCGAUACCCUUACUGCCAUUGGAAUGAUUUCUACUCAGGAAUCGUAUAAACUCUUCUUAAUUUUCGGAGAAAUUCCGAAUCUUUCUUUCAGAAUCUAUGAUUCCACUACAGAUAGCUGGGAAGACUCUGCAAUUCUGAGUAAGAAAUCUCCUACUUGCCCUGCAGCACAAUCCUGCAGUACUGACGAUGAAGAAGAAGAAGACGAUGAUCGAAUGCUCUAUUUCUUGAGCAAAUGUGGGAAUGUAGUAGGAACUGAAAUACAAAAAAACCCAUGUAAGCAAUACUCUUCAAUAACCACCACGAAAGGCGAUGGACAAGAAAUCCUCUGUUUCUUGAACUCUUCCGGGAAAGUGGUGGCUUGCAAUCUUACUGAAAAACACUUUUUCGAGUACCCAAGAUUGCUCCCUCUUCAUCACGAGUACUCAAUCGACUUAGUUGAAUGCGAAGGAGAGCUAUUAGCAGUUGUUCUAUCUGAAUUCCUUGAAACAGCUAGUCUCAGAAUAUGGAAAUUUGAUGAAAAUGAAUGGGCAUGGAAUCAGGUGUUGGCAAUGCCAUCAGCAAUUUCACAUGAGUUUUAUAGCAAGAAAGUUGACAUCAACUGCACCGGAAGUAGUGAACACAUGUUUGCCUGCAUUUCAAAUUCUGGUUCGACUGAUGAUGAUGAGAGUUGUAGGUAUUUCUUGUGUAAAUUGGCUGAAAAUGAGUGGACUGAAUUGCCUGCUUGUUCUGGGAAAUUCAGCUGUGCUUUCUCUUUUCAGCCUAGGAUUGAAGCUUCUGUGUGAUUACAACAAGGCAGGGAGGAAAAUGUAGAAUAAUUGGGAUUCUUCAUUCUUUUUUUUUUCAUACUUUGUUGUUACUUUUCACUUUAUUCUUUUACCAUAUUUUUCUUGUUACUUUGGAAUAAAUUUAUCAUAGUUAAUGAUAUUUUUCUGUUUCUAAAGUGAAUUGAUGUAAUUGCUGAAAUUAUUUUAUUUGAAAGGGUCUUUAUUACUGUAUCAAGAAAAGUGUGUUAAGAUGGGGAUCUUAGUGGUUCUUCAAUAUCUG